UCAUUGUGCUCUAAAUAUUGUAUUAUGUGAGGCACUUAUUGCAACAAAGGGCCAGGUCAGCAGAUUAUACAUACGCCAUCUCCAAAGUGACCUCUAGUUAUGAGGUCAUACAGGUGAGAGCACUCUUUAGGCUAGUAUUUGUGAUCAUUGGCAUACAUAAAAUCACAAUAGUUUUCACACUUUUAGGGAAAUGUGUAUACAAGGAAUAUUUAUUUUACCAUAUAACGUGUGUGUGUGUGUGUGUGUGUGUGUGUGUGUGUGUGAACAUGCAUGUGUUUGUGAUGUAUGUCAGAGGACAGAGUGUGGCAGCAGAGAAGCACACAGAGAGACCAGUGGUAGUGAUAUGUGAACGCUGCAGAGGGGACAGAGGCAGUAACACCAUGAGCGUAACUCUGGAUUCGCGGUUUCAGGCUCUACCUGAGAGACGUGAAUACAGGGUACGUGGUCGUCGACCUCAUCAGAAUUGUUUUAAUCUAUCAGAUACAUGUAAAUAACAAGCUUAAAUCAAGCAUUUCACUUUGUCAUCUCCCAAAAUGUUGGUUUUACCAUCCAUUUCCACCCUUUGUCUCUUUCAGUUCAUCUAUAUUUGAUUUUAUUGCACCUGUAUAUUCAUUUUGUAAUCAUAUCAUAUUCAUUCAUUUCUUGAUGAUGAUUAAGAUGAUGAUGGUUAAUUAGUUAAUUGUACUAGAUAGUUCUUCACUUGUGGUCCUAUGCAGCUCAGUUGGUACAGCAUGGCACCAGGAUAGUGGGUUUGGUUCCUGGGACAAACCGUAUGUAAAAUGUAUGCACACAUGACAGUAAGGGACCGUAAAAAAAUGAUUCGGGGAGACGGGAUGUCAUUAAGAACCUAAAAAAUAUUUUCACAUGACCCUCCCCUUUGCUUUACCCUCCCCGCGUGAAUUCUGUUCUAACUCGCCCUGGUCAACUGUAAGUGCUGUUAUUUUGUGAAGUGGAAACAUCUCGGAGCAACAACGGCUCAGCCACAAGGUGGUAGGCCACACAAGCUCACAGAACGGGACGGCAGAGUGCUGAAGCACGUAGUGUGUAAAAACCGUUUGUCCUUGGUUGCAACACUCACUACCAAGUUCCAAACUACCUCUGGAAGCAACGUGAGCACAAGAACUGUUUGUCGGGUUUCUAUGGCUGAGCAGCAGCACACAAGUCUAAUAUCACAAUGCGCAAAGCCAAGUGUUGGCUGAAGUGGUGUAAAGCUCGGCGUGGAAACGCAUUCUCUGGAGUGAUGAAUCAAGCUUCAUCAUCUGACAGUCCGACGGACGAAUCUGGGUUUAGCAUAAGCCAGGAGAAUGCUACAUGACCCAUUGCAUAGUGCCACAUGUAAAGUUUGGUGGAGGAAUAAUGUUUUGGGGCUGUUUUUCAUGGUUCGGGCUAGGCCCCUUAGUUGCAUUGAAGGGAAAUCGUAAAGCUACAGCAUACAAUGCCAAUCUAGACGAUUCUGUUCAACUUUGUGGCAACAGUUUGGGGAAGGCCCUUUCCUGCUUCAGUAUGACAAUGCCCCCGUGCACAAAUCUGUUAAUGCAGUAUGCAAAUUGGAGUGUGUCCAUGGUUCUGGGAUAAUGGUGUUGAUGUGAGCCAUGACAAGCCUUUGAAAGCAUUUCAUGACUACAAAUGUGAGUGCUAUAGGGCGAUAAUCAUUUAGACAGGUUACCUUGGCGUUCUUGGAGGUAUUACAGACUGGUCAGGGAGAGAUUGAUAAUGUCAGUGAAGAUACCUGCCAGCUAAAUGGCUAUUAUUCAACGACAAACAUGUUCUUGGAAAUUGCAUUCCCAUGUAUUUUGAUUUGUUUAACACUUUGUUUGGUUACUAUAUUGUUAUUUCAUAGUUUUGAUGUCUUCACUAUUAUUCUACAUUGUAGAAAAUAGUAAAAAUAAAGAAAAACUCUUGAAUGAGUAGGUGUGUCCAAACUUUUGAUAGUUACUAUAUAUAUGUAUGUAUAUGUAUAUUAUAUAUUAUGUAUAUUAUAUAUAUGAUGUAUAUUAUCUCCUCAACAGUGAAGGGUUAAUAUAUUGUGCAGAGUAACAUUAACACAAAUUCAUCAUCAAAGAGACUUUUAUUAAUUUCUUCAUGUAAUUUCUCUCUUUCUAAGCCCUUUGAAUUGUACGUUUAGGAUAUCCACAUUAAAGUUUGCUUUUACUUCUUCUUUGAAUGGUGGCCCGUUGAGUAGUAACUCUGGAAAGUAUCAAGUUAUGCAACAUAUCAAACGUGUCAUUUCCUUCAGCCACAGAUGUCUUGAGCAGUUAUUGCCCCCAUUAAACUGGAACUCGCUGUAAAAAUAGACUUGGAACUAUAUCCUUACAUUUGUGGAUUUAAAUCUCUGGAUGAAUUACUGUUGGCUGUAUUCCUUUAAAAUAAAAACAUGUUUAAAAAAGAGAAAUAAAGAGAAAUAUUGCAAGGGGCUGUAGCUUUCUGUGUAAUUUACAGGUCACUGGGUUAUAUGUCUGCUUGUAUUUCAUCUGGAAUCAGAGGAUGUUGCCUUCCUUGUGAAGCUUGAUAUAUUUCACUAGUAACUGUGAUUGAAAAGAAAAUCUGGUGCUCAUUUGAUACUACAGAUGGAGGCUAUCACUUGUGGGUUGACGCUUAUUCAACGAAGGAAAAUUCGGUGUCUUGCAAACAGCAGUGCCACUUCUUCUGAAUGUCUGCAGUGACAGGCAGCUAGACAACAGACACCACAUCAGGUGGCAUUUAUAUAGCCUGAAUUGUGCAUUGGAUUUGAACAGAUGACCAUCGCGUGAAUACUGGUUUUUAUACUUACUCAGAAUCAACACAGCUUCAUUGGCUUCAAGACAGUGUUAAAAAGCAGGUCAUCUGGCCCUUUCUGAUACAGAGAAUCAUGCACAUCACAGGAGCUGAAAGACUCAUCCUCAUUGGUGGUCUGCUGCAAGGUGUUCUGUGCCUCGACUUUGCAGCGCUGAUGCCUCAGAAUAUAAAUGCUCUGAGUGGAUCUUGUGUGGACAUUCCCUGCUCAUUUACACUGCAAUUAGGAUUUGAUUCGUACCUCACAACUUCAUGUAAAGGAAUAUGGAGGAAAGGGUGGCCAGGAGUACAGGUGUUUGAUUCCAGUCUCACAGGGACAAGCUUUAACACCAUUCAAGGGAAUCUAACUGGGAACAUGCAGCAGAAGGAAUGUACCACAAUCCUGAAUGAUUUACCUUCUUUAAAUGACUACUUUUCAUUUAGAAUUGAAUGUGACAAUUAUCUGAAAUAUAAUUUUCCAGAACUUGUCACAAUUUAUGUAAAAGAAAAUCCAUCCAAACCCACUCUAAGUCCAGCAACAGUAAAUGUGAUGGAGGGGACCUCAGUGAGUCUGAUCUGCUCUGCUGCAGCCCCCUGUCCCUUACUCCCUCCAACUCUGACAUGGACCCCCAAACUGAGUGACAGUGUGGAGGAUUUGAAGGUGACUCCGAAUCGAGUCAUAACUUCUAUCCUGAACUUUACCGCUUCACAUGUCCACCAUGGAGAGAAGAUCUCCUGCACUGCGCUGUACAAACGACAAGCUGGCAAGAGUGAUAAAUCAUCCAAAACUGAUCUGACAGUCGCUGUUCUUUACUCUCCCAAGAACACCUCAGUGUCAGUCAGUCCCUCUGAUUCAGUGGUAGAGGGCAGGUUUGUGAUUCUGACUUGCAGCAGCAAUGCUAACCCAGCAGUGUGGCGCUACAACUGGUACAGAGUUAUUGGAGAGCAGGUUUCAACAGUGGGGGCUAGCAGAACGCUAACUGUCCAGGUACCAGCAGAUGACAGUUAUUUCUACUGUGAAGCCAUCAAUGACCAUGGAACCGAGAAGUCAUCUGUCAUUGAACUAGAUGGAAUGUACCCUCCCAAGAACACCUCAGUGUCAGUCAGUCCCUCUGGUUCAGUGGUAGAGGGCCGCUCUGUGACCCUGACCUGCAACAGCAAUGCCAACCCUGCAGUGAAGAACUAUACCUGGUACAAAAUCAAUGGGACUGAGGCUGUCCUUUUAGGAUCUGGAGAGAGCUUCACCUUAGACAGUAAAGCAAGUGAUAGCGGGGAGUACUGCUGUGAAGCACUGCAUGCACUCGGUAAAGAAAAAGCCACAGUUGUUCAGCUGGAUAUUCAAUAUCCCCCCAAGAACACCUCAUUGUCAGUCAGUCCCUCUAGCUCAGUAGCAGAGGGCAGCUCUGUGACUCUGACUUGCAGCAGCAAUGCCAACCCAGCAGUGAAGAACUACACCUGGUACAGAGUUGAGGGAAGCGAGAAGGACAUUGUCGGGUCUGAAGAGGACCUCAACAUCUCCAGUGUGACCAGGCUUUCAAAUGAAAAGUACUACUGUGAGGCUCAGAAUGUCCAUGGACUGCAGACCUCUGAAGCCAUCAGUAUCAAUGUAACGUUUGCUUCAGAGAUCCUGAACACCUCUCACUGCAUCAGGAUUUCAGCUACAUCUCAGAUCAGAUGUUUCUGUGAUAGCUAUGGGAACCCUACUCCCACACUGGUGUGGCAACUGUCUGGAGAGUCUGUCAAUCACUCAACUAACACCAUCAUCAUGGAGGAGCCAAUGGGCCAAGCAGGCCUGAGGAGCUCCAUCACCAUCCACCAAUCACAGGAAGAGAAAAUACAGAGUCUGGUCUGCCUCAGCUCCAACUUUGUUAAUUUUGACAGCUUCACGUUUGACUUAACAUCAAUGAAAACAUUGGAAGGUUUCCAUCUUCCCUCUCUGUUGAUCGGGGCUGGUGUGGGGGCAGGAGUGAUGAUGCUCCUAUGCAUCCCACUACUUCACUUCUGCAAGCAUAGGAGAGCCAGGCAGUCACCAAGCAAAAGACAGAAGGACACAGCAGAGUUCAUAGUGACGGAUGAGGAGACCCUCUUUCAGGAGGAGGACAAUGUCUAUGCCAAUAAAGCCAUGCUGGAUGAGGCCCUCGGGCCCAACAGGACAGUGGACAGGGAAAUCGACGACACAGACCUCCUCCACUACGCCAACUUGAACUUCUCCAAACUCCAGGCCAAGGUGGCCGAGCGGGGGGUGGGGGAGGGAGAGAUCAGGGGAGUCGCCUCCAAAACGGCAGAGUACGCAGUGAUCCGCCUGCACUCCACAGGCAGUAUCGAGGGAGGGGCUGAGAAGAAGGAGGCCAUUCCUGCUCUGGAGCAGGGGGAGCACGCUGAGGACCAUGGAGCUAAAGUCUUGGAAGAAUCCCAGGCAGGGCACGAGAGUGACGAGGAAGAAGAAGUUGCAAAAGAUUCUGCGCUGCCAGAGCUACAGGGUGUGACUAAUUAUGCCCUCAGUGUCCAGGAGUAUACAGAGUCCCCACUGGGACAGUCUGAGCAGCACAACACAGCAGAAACUGCAGUGGACGAGGUGACACUGCUUUCUGAACCGAAAGAUUCCGCUAAUGGUGAAGAGGAGGACACAUAUGGGAACAUAUGUCGUGGUCAGGUCAUAUCUGAAGCAAAUUGUGAACAACCUGAGUUAGAUAGGAGGACGAGUAGGAGAGUGUAAAGGCGUAGUAAGCUGAUGUAUAGAGGGAGUAAAGCUUAAAUGCAGAUAAGGUUGUGAAAAAUCACCCAUAAUGCACUGCAGAGAAAUUCUCGUCACCUUCCAAACUAGAACCACUAUGUCCACCUUUUUUUUAACACCAGUUAUUCUACAGUGUCUGUUCAUCAGUUGGAUUUUCAUCUCUAUAUAUACAAUAUAUACAAAUGUCUGUGGACACCCCUUCAAAUUAGUGGAUUCGGCUAUUUCGGCUUAAAAUGAAAUCCAAUAAGGAAAUACAUUAGAUUUUGUCCUGCUGAUCGACACAACCAACUCCACAUUUUCAAAGUGAAAGAACAAUUCUGUAUAUAUUUUUCCAAUUGAAUAAAACAAAAAAACAAAGAUGUCUUGAUUGCGUAUGUCUUCACACCCCAGAGGUAACACCUGGUGGAAGCACCUUGGGCCGCCAUUAUAGCUGUGAAUCAUUUUGAAUAAGGUUCUACUAACUUUGCACAACUCUUAGGCUAACACAUACCCAUUGUUUUUUGUCCAAAUAGCUCAAGCUCAGUAAAUUUGGUUUGGGAGUCAUUGAUGGACAGCAAUAUUCAAACAUUGUCUCUAAUUGUCAAGCAGAUUUAAGUCAGCACAAUCCACAGUACUUGAAAAUACAGAGGGUUUCACUCUGUGUUGUGUAGUUCUGGAUUUGGCCCGUGGUUUAUAAUUUAGGCCAGAAAAAAUGCAUUUCCUGUGUUGUCUUGCAGUAUUACUUAACAGCCUUGUUGCCAACAGAAUGUUUGAUUUGAAGGGGAUUUUUUUUAAACACAGGCUUCCUCCUUUUCACUUUUCUAUCGAGGCUAAUAAUGUGGAGUGAAUGCAAUGUUGUUGAUCCUCCUGUUUGUGGUGGAAACAAUGUGUCAUUGGUGUGCUUGACCUCGGCAGGGAUUGGAGAGUUUGUCAGGAUCAUAAUAAAUAUGAAAGGAGCAAAACCCAGAUUAACAAAGCCCAGAUUCAGUCUUCUGAAUACCAAACACUGGGAUAGAGUUGUAUUUUUCAGCGAGUCAAUUGCACACAUUUUAAUCUCAAAGACACACCAGAAUGGCUUUCCAAUAGCUGUUGACUGCUUCUGAAUGGUUCAGUGUGGUUCAGUCCUGAUUUAAAUCUGCAUGAAAUUUGAGACAAGGGGCUGGACUCAAUCCGUAUCGCUGUAGUCAAAUCCAAUGAAAAUCAAAUCAAGAAGCUGAUUUUCAAGGUUUGAAUUUUGCUGUCCAUCAAUGACUCCCAAACAAAUAUACUGGGCUUGAGCAAUUUGGACAAAAACAAUGUGUAUAUGUUGCCCUAUGAGGUGGUCAAAGUUGGCAGAAUCUAAUUCAAAAUGAUUGACAGCUCUAAUGAAUGCCAAAGGUGCUUCCACCAAGUAUUUACUCUGGGGUGUGAAGACACAUAAUUAAGACAGCUCUGUUAUUUUUUAUUUAUUUAUUCAUUUGGAAAAUGUUCUGUAUUUUUUUCUUUCACUUUUAAAAUGUAGAGUAAGUUAUGUACAUCAGUAGGAAAACAAUCAAAUGUCAUACAUUUUUUAUUUACUUUUAAGGCAGCAAAAUGUUCAUCUUGCAACAGUUAAGAGUGUAAUAUUUGUUUGUUUUUCAAAGUUUUGUUCCUCUUCUAUGAAUUUGUAACUUAUUGUUGCACAGACAAUGUGUAUUUAUGAACUUACAAAAUGUGUGUGAUGGUUAUGAAUCACUUCAACAUGUUGUAUUGUUGUUUUUAUUGUCUUUUUUAUUGAAAAUGUAUUUACAAUGUUUAAAGCUGAAUACAGGUGGAUACAGGUUACAAGCAGUCAGUAAAUUCAGCAUGAUUCAGUAACUAUGUAAAGUCAGAAGUCAGUAAUAAUGCACAUUGCAAUGUUAAACAAAUAUGGAGACAUGGUGUCAGUUACAUAGCAUAUACACAAUAGCACAUCCUGUAAUAUGGGACAUUUCUAAACAGUGAAGCACUUCUGUUUUGACAGCCUAGUAAGCACACAUUGCAUUGAUGUACCGCACGAUGUUCAAACCCACUUUGAAUGACGUCAAUAAACUCUGUUUUCUGCCA